UGUUGGAUAAACCUCUAUCGAAGGCUCCGUUCCAUCGUUGAUGUGGCAAGCCAACCAGCAAGCAAAAGAAACCCCGAAAAGAAAAAAAAAAAUAACGGAUUGAAAAGAAAAAAAAAGGAAACAUUAAUGAGUUGAAACAAAGCUCAUGUUCAUGACCUGCAAACCAAGGACGCACGACAGUAAAUGCUGUUCCCAGGCGCAAUGAAUCUCAAACUCACAUUUAUGUCGCCAUUUAUUCCUCCUCCCUCCCUCUCUAGCCUUUCUGAGAUCCUCUAAGGUGGUCUGACUCCUGGCCGGAGCCAAGGUGGGAUUGGGUCUGAUUUGGAGGAAGAUGGGAGGGUGUUGCAGCAAAGGGGAGGUCGGGGCGGGAGGACUUCGACCCAAACACGAGGAGGAAGAAUUUUAUGAUGGGGAGGAGGAGGAGGAGGAGGAGGAGGAGAGGGAGGAGGAGGAUGGCACACGUGUGAGGUUGAAAGGGUCGUGCACCUUUGCAUCUAUGUACACGCAACAAGGAUGGAAGGGUGUCAACCAAGACGCAAUGACCAUGUGGGAGGAUUUUGUGGGUGAGAAGGAUACAAUCUUUUGUGGUGUCUUUGAUGGACAUGGCCCCUUCGGUCACAAGGUUGCCGGCCGUGUUCGUGAUGCCCUGCCAUCAAAACUCUCUUCAGAAUUGAAGUCAUCACAGUCCUUUGAACAGGACAACAAUGAGAGAAAUCUGAAUCAAAACAAUGUUAAUGGGGAUGACAGCGACGACUCAGAUCACUUCCAUGAUGCUAGUGAUGAUUCCCAACAAUGUUUCUCCUCAUGGAAGGCCAUCUUUGUUAAGGCCUUUGAUAAAAUGGAUAAAGAGCUCAGCCAACAAGCUGGCAUUGAUUGCUUUUGUAGUGGAACCACAGCAGUAUCCAUAGUUAAACAGAGGGAACACUUGAUGAUCGCCAAUUUAGGAGAUUCUCGGGCCGUUCUUUGUACCAGAGAUGAUAAAAACCAACCUGUACCUGUCCAACUCUCAGUUGAUCUAAAACCAAAUGUUCCAAGUGAGGCUGAAAGGAUUAAAAGUUGCAAGGGAAGAGUUUUCGCUCUCAAAGAAGAACCAGAUGUGCAUAGAUUAUGGUUGCCCAAUGAGGAUUCUCCGGGCCUCGCGAUGGCAAGAGCUUUUGGAGAUUUUUGCCUGAAGGAUUUUGGGCUUAUCUCCACCCCACUGGUUUCUUAUCGGAAGCUAUCUGAAAAGGAUGAGUUUGUGGUUCUCGCAUCAGAUGGGGUAUGGGAUGUCCUAUCAAACAAGGAAGUUGUUAAGAUAGUGUCAUCGGUUAGUCAACGAUCUGAUGCUGCUAAGAUAUUAGUAGACCGAGCAAUCCGAGCUUGGAGAUCCAAACACCCUACCUCUAAAGUUGAUGAUUGUGCCGUUAUAUGCCUGUUCUUGAAUCUGCUUCCCACAUCAACCAUGGCAACCAUGGAGGUUCACAGGAGCAGUGGAAAAUCUCUUGGAUUAUCGUUCUCCGAAAGCUUCAAAACAGCAAGAAGUGGGGAAGUCUCCGAUUUGGAUGAUGAGAGUACUGCAGGCUCAAAGAAAGAGUGGAGUGCUCUUGAGGGUGUCAGCAGGGUGAACUCAUUGUUGAAGCUUCCUCGGCUUACCGGUGUACUGAGCUGGCGUAAGAGAUCGGUCAAAGUAGAAGAGAAUGAAAUGCCAGCUUCACCCAAGAUAUAGUUGUUACCCUUCAAUUGAUGCAAACCAAUUUUAAUUAGAGUAGAUAUGUGCUUGAAGAUAUCCUCUCAAAAAGGAACAUGUACUUGAAGGUGAAUCCAAACCAUUGCCCAGGCAAACACAAUCACCAAACUGGCAUGGUCCUGUGCACCUAACAUAUGCUCAACAGGACAAGAUGUUCCCAUGAUCUACGCUGCUGGAUUUUUCUUGAAAAGAUCUACUCUACUAAAUAUGAAAAACAACAAAAGGAACCAAGUUGAUGAGCAAUAAUACCUUCCAUUUUUCUUCAUUUAUAUCACUGAGAUCAUUUUGAUUCUUUCACAGUGUGCUCUGCUUCUUAUCAGCAAUAAAAUCAGAACAACUGCAGUGUAGGGAGGUAUUAAUGAAUAUAAACAGCCUUCUAUUGGAAUUA